AUGCUUGGACAGGGCAGUGCAUUGACUGAGAAAGAGAUUGAAGAGGUGCUUGCUCAAGGUUCAUCAAUUUAUGGUCAGGUUACAAAGAAAACAGGCAAAGGAGCUGCUGAUCACCUGAUGCCACAGGAGGUGAUGGAUCACUGGCCACCCAUGUCUGAAUCCAUGGUUUUCCUUGGCUUCCUACAAAAGGAGGUCAAUUCAGAUCAGUUCGAAUUUGUGAAGGAUCUGGAGACAUGGAUGAGGCGCACUGGAGAGCCGAUUGCAGCGUGCUUGACAAUGAGGAGUGUCACAAUUGCAGUAUGCUUUAGUGCAGAUGGUGGCAUCUUUCUGUUUGACUCGCACUCUGAGCACUACAUUGAUGGCAAGUCAAGUGGUGCAUCUUCCUUUGUGUUCAGAGAUGCACAACAGCUGCAGAGAUUCUUGCAGCAGCGCUUUCCCGAGAUUGAGGGUGUCGAAUACUACAUGAUGAACUUGUGUGAGAUCAAUGCAUUUACCUCGCUAUCUGCAACAACGUUGGAGCCUUGCCAAAAGUUGGCUGCUGAGCUGUUUGGGGCAACAGCAAAGUUUGCUGGCACAAUUGAUCAUGAAACUGCACAAGAACCAGCUUCUGAUGAGGAGAGCUUUCUGCAGCAUGUGAAGGAAAAUAUUGCCACUGUGCAAGAUUUUGUUGAGCAGAUAAGUGAAAGCAAGGGGGAUCAAAGCUUCAACCUGGAACACCAGACCUUACUUCAGGGACUUUCUCAGUUGGUCUUCCCAAACCAGGAGAUCCUUGAGGAAACGACCUUGGAAAAACAAAGCUCUCCCACAGACGAUCACUGGACCUUCAGUGAGUGCCACAGGCAGGGAGUCAAGUUUGUGAAUUUGCUGCUGCAAAAUCCCACCCUGGCUGAGCUUGAACCUGUGUCUCAGCUAAAGCAGGCACUUGAAGAGCAGGGUCGGUUGGUGCAGAAAUUGGAAGCCAAGGAUCGAAGGGCAUCAAGUCCUGUGAGCCGCCAACUAAUUGCGGAGCAGGGAGGCCUUUUGCAGCCAGACAUUGCUGGUCCCUCUGAUGCCUCUACUGUGACAUGUCGAGCAGAGGGUGCAGACACUGGUCCAUUUGUGUGCUCCAUAUGCAAGACAGGGAAGCAGGCAGAGGACAAGUUCAUCAUCAGAAUGUGCGGCCACAAGCUCUGCCGGGACUGUGCAAGACAAGCUGUGACUGAUGACAUCAAUGAUAGGAACCUGCCAUUGGUAUGCCCUCUGUGUAUAUCAUGCCCGUGCGAGAAGUGCCCUUCAAAGACCAACAAAGUGAAGUACCAGAGGAACCCUCGAGAAGGACUCUGUGCCUUUCAGGACAGCGAUUUAGAGAUUGUCCUCUUGCCGGAGGACAUGAGACUGUAUCAGAUCUUGCAGGUGGCCUAUGUUUUGAAGGGGGAGGGCGAGAAAUACUUGCAUUGCGGAUAUUGCGGCUGGAGCGACCGAUUCCCAGCUAAAGAGAACCCAGGCCGGUGUUAUCCAUGCCCCCGAUGCAAACACAUCUCACUGAUCGACAUCUUGGACAAGGGCCUUGCUGCAAGGAUCAAACCUGUACGGCCACAGUUGAGCAAAUAUGGGCAAACCUGGAGCCCCAGAGCGACAACUAAACACACAAGAAAUGGUGGCGGCCCAUUGGCUGAAGGGGCAGAGGGUUGCAAUGCUACUGAUGUGGCCAAAUUUGCCUGGGAUUCCGAGCAUGUGCUGCAGGAUAAGCCGCAGUCGUCAAAAGUCUUGCGGCUGUCUCAAGGGACUACAUUGAAUCGAUCUAUCUCCUUGAAUUCCGGCAAUGCGGGCCACUCAGCUUCUGCUUCAGGGGGUGCUGGACAUCAAUCUGCACGCACCUCUGCCAAUGGCCACUUGCGAGCUGUGCGCAAGACAACUGAGUCACAAAGUCAGGUUGUAGUGCCACAGGUGCCUAGACCAGUGAGCAGUACCCCUAGGCGCUGCCAAAGCUCAACAGGUACCUCCCAUGGCCACCUGUCAGAGGCACCCCAUGGACGUGAGAAUGCACAAGCAAGCACUUCCAGUGAGACCCUGGCACAGGUUAAAACACACCUUGAAAAUGCGCAUUUCAGGGAUGUGGAUCCAUUAUCACACAGAGGUGCCAUGUCACCAACCUCCCAAAGACGGAAGCGAGAGGAAACACAGCGCAGUCAGUCCCAAGCAACUGCCAAGGGCGCCAAAAAGAGCAGUGCAGGGAAAAGCCAGAUGAGAAAGGCUAUCGAAGCUCUGAAUUCGCAGAGUCACAUUCACCUUCCAAAAGAUUACACGGGCGCCCCCAGCAUCGUUUGCAGACAAUGCUCAAACCAACUUGUUUCGUAUUCCGCUGUGCCUAAAAUGCAGAUCAAGGCCCUCAUCCAUUUUGGGGACAACUGUGGGCGCACGACGGACGCUGGGUUUGGCUUUCUUCCAGAAAGUGCAAACACCGAGAGCAUUGACGCCCGUGGCGGCACGUUGGUCUGCACGAGCUGCAGUAGAAGGGUUGGCACAGUAGGGGAGUAUCGGAAGGCUGAAAUUGUCUGUAGUAAAUGCGAACAAGCCGUCGAGCAGCCAAGCGACGGGCUAGAUAUUGUGAAUGGUGAACUGCAGUCUUUGCCGACAGCUCAAUUCCAGCUGUUUUGCUUUCGUGGGGAGAGCAUCGAUGUAGCGAUAGGGGCAUAG